GCCGACGCGGUCCUUCGGUGGAGUCCGUGUGCGGACCUGCAAGUGCUUCCUGCUCGCCUACCCCGGCCCAGGUUUUUGUAUCUCUGGCUGCCCUGAGACGCACUAUGUAGACCAAUCUGACCUCAAACCUAGAGAAAGCCAGCUCUGCCUCUGAAGUGCUGGGAUUAAAGGCGAGCACCACCGUGUCGGGACUUAAAAAACUCCUUCCGGAACUGAAGGAUGGCUGUUCUUCUGAAGAGGUUGAUGCUACAAACUGCAAAGACUGACAGUAACGUAAUCGGAAGAUGUUUCCGCAGACAUGCAGUGAAGCCAGACCCGGCACAGCUGUCCCUGCUUGCACCCACCCCAAAGCUGUUGAACGUGAUUUCUGCAAAAGGUUUUAGUACCGCUGGAGACCCCCAAGGUGAGAAGAAACAGAAAAGAAGGGACGCGUUCUCUAACACCGGAAGGAAGAUCAGUGAGCGAGUUAUCCGCGUCCUGGAUGAGAAGGGCAUCGACCUGGGGAUGAUGCACCGGGCAGACGUGAUCAGACUCAUGGACAAGCAGGACUUGAGGCUGGUGCGGAGGAACACCAGCUCAGAGCCACCCGAGUACCAGCUCAUGACCGGAGAGCAGAUCCACCAGGAGCGCCUAAGGCUCCGGGAACAGGAAAAGGCCAAGCCCAAAACUGGACCAAUCGUGACAAAGGAGCUCAUUUUCUCCUCAAAUAUCGGACAGCAUGAUUUGGACACCAAGAGUAAACAGAUUCAGCAGUGGAUUGAGAAAAACUACCACGUUCAAGUCACGAUAAAGAAGAGGAAAGCCGCAGAGCAGUCAGGGGAUGAGAUGGAGGAGAUCUUUAACCAGAUUCUCCAGACUAUGCCUGGAAUAGCAACCUUCUCAAGCAGACCGAAAGCCAUCAGAGGAGGGACUGCCUCCAUGUGUGUUUUUCGUCACUUGAGCAAGAAAGAAGAGAAGGCGUACGGAGAAUCCCUAGAGAGCCAGAGAAGAGACACUUUGAACAAAGACAAGAGAACCAGCGACGAGUCGGAUGUUGUGUGUCGGUGA